ACCGGCCGAAGCUUGUAGUUGGCCCGUCGCCUCCUUGCCACAGAUAUCGUGCACGGUCUGAACGAGGCAAGCAGCAUAGAAAGCGAAACAAGGCCAGUCGAACCCUAGAUUCCGCCGCCGCCGCCACCGCCGCCACCGCCGCCGCCACCAAUAAGCCCGAGCGUGUAUAACGUGAUGGCGCUGCGAUCGCUUAUUCGAAAGAUGCCGGCCGUUGGUCUCAGAUCGACGCCGAUGCCCCCCCGUAUGGGGCCCGUCCACGCGCUCUCGACGGCGGCUGGUUCUCGGAUUAUGUCCGAUGGUGCUCCCGGAAUAAAUGGCCGAGCGAAGAUUUAUUCCGAAGAUGAGAUAGCUGAACGACGGGAGGCAAUAAAACGCCUGCACGCGGAGAUCGAGAAGGACCGUGCGGUGUCUGAAAGGUAUCUAGCUGAGCACAGGAAUGUAAUGGAGAUGCUGGAACAACAGAGUGCUGCAGGAGAAGCUGCCUAUAAUGCAGCUAUGAGGGAUAUUAGUGAAGCCCGUGUAAGUUGUAUGAAAACACUGAAGAACGUGGCUACGGCAUGCGAUGUUGUUGCGGUUGCCUGCCCUAUGCUGAUUGUCCUUAUGAUGAUCACUACAUAGUAACUUACUGUAUGUUUGUUCGGUGCUAUCAUCGAACUACCUCCCUUCUUAUUUAUUAGGCCUGCAUGUAUACCUAGAUUAAUAUCCCAAAUGAUAGGGAUUUGCUCUUCUAGAAUGCAUAUAUGUCAGAGUGUUGAAUGCAGUAAAGUAUAAUGGUCUACAACAUAUUUUUCUUUUUCUUAAA